AUGUUCAGUGAAUGCACUGGCAAGGAUGGAGGAGCGACCAAUAAGGUCCCCCACUUGUUUGCGGCACAGCAUGGGCUGUGCGUCAAGACAAGCUUAGACGAACUGCAAGACAACAACAACAUCUUGGGCGCCCAGUGGAGAACACGUCUGUUGGUAAUACGUUUCAUUCAAGGUAUACCAUCUCGUCUGAGCUUCACGGAUAAUCGUGCGGCUGCAGCAUCAACAUAUACCUGA